UGAUUAAAAUUCUAUUUGCAUCAGUGAAGAGUAGAAGUGAGUAGAAAAAUAUAGAAAUGGUAGCUUUGGUUUCCAGACUCUUCUUUGCAACUCCUAAACCUAAAACCCUAUUCCCCAAUAUUUCAGCGCCUUUUGCUUUCGCGACGACUCGAUCCAUGGCCUCUUCUCCGUUCCAGAAAGUUCAGAUUCACCGCGACGACACUACAUUUGAUGCAUAUGUUGUUGGCAAAGAGAAUGCUCCUGGUAUAGUUGUGCUUCAAGAAUGGUGGGGGGUUGACUUUGAGAUUAAGAAUCAUGCUCUUGCUAUUUCUCAGUUUGGUUCCGGUUAUCGAGCGCUUGUUCCCGAUUUGUAUCGAGGGAAGGUUGGGUUGGAUGUUGCUGAAGCGCAGCAUUUGAUGGAUGGUCUUGAUUGGCAAGGUGCUGUGAAGGAUAUUCAGGCGUCGGUUCAGUGGCUCAAGGCAAAUGGUUCGCAGAAGGUUGGCGUAACAGGAUUCUGUAUGGGUGGUGCUCUCACUAUUGCAAGUUCUGUUUUGUCACCUGGGGUUGAUGCUGCUGUUGCCUUCUAUGGAGUUCCUCCACCAGAACUUGCAGACCCUGCCCAAGCCAAGGCUCCUGUGCAGGCUCAUUUCGGGGAGCUUGAUGGUUUUGUGGGUUUUUCAGAUGUCAAGACUGGCAAAGCUUUGGAGGAAAAGCUGAAGGCAGCAGGAGUGCCACAUGAGAUACACUUGUAUCCAGGUGUUGCACAUGCGUUCAUGAAUAGGUCUCCUGAUGGUGUGAAGAGGAGGAAGGAUAUGGGAAUGAAUGAUGAUAAUGAGGCGGCUGCUGAGCUGGCAUGGUCUCGCUUCCAAUCAUGGAUGUCUCGUUACUUAUCUUCCUAAACAAUAAUGUCUUGUAUGAGUGGAUACUUGAUUUCCCUAUAUCUGUAUGCACAGUAAAGUCUCCUGUAAUCGUGUGCGUUAUGGUAUUAUGUUACAAUAAUCUGGUAUAUUGCAUCUGGAUUUUGGGAGGUGAA